AAGGCAGUGAUCAAGAACGCAGACAUGUCUGAAGAGAUGCAGCAAGAUGCUGUGGAGUGUGCCAUUUUGGCCAUAGGGGAUUAUAAUGUUGAAAGAGAAACUGUUGCCCUUAUAAAGAGUGAGUUUGAGAAGAAAUAUAGUCCCACUUGGCACUGCAUUGUAGGAAGGAAAUUUGGCAGCUAUGUGUCUCAUGAGACCAAGCACUUCACCUUGUUCCUUGUGCUUGGAGGAAAUAUUCUUCUGUUUAAAGCUGGUUAGAGCUAUGGAUCAUAGUUCAAAGUUGCUCACGCUUACAGGACUGCACACUUAAUGGCAGCAGCUUAGUGCCUUCAGCCUUCCUGAGGAGGCAGACCUUGGUCUUCAGGGGUAAUAUCAGGGAUUUCUCUGGAGUGGCUGGUGUUUUUGUUGUGUUUGGGGGGG